AUGGCCGCCUCUCUCUCAGCAGUCAUUGACCAAGUGAAAUUCGAUCUCGUCUCAAAAACACAGGCAGCGGACAAUGCAGCGAAGAGAAAGGAGAUCGCCCGCACCUUCAUCUCCGAUACUAUCACAGUCCCAACCGAGGAGAUGUACUCUUACGCUGCCCAUGCAUCUCUGGGUGACGACGUGUACUUCGAGCCAUCAACCGUAGCAUUGGAAGCUCAUAUGGCAAAGAUAACUGGCAAGGAAGCCGCCCUCUUCAUGCCUUCUGGGACUGCCUCAAAUCAGAUUGCGUUGAGGACCCAUCUCAAGCAACCUCCUUACACGAUCCUUUGUGAUCAUCGUGCUCACAUCAACAAGUAUGAGGCUGGUGGGGCUGCGUUCCACUCCGGUGCAGCCCUGACUGCCGUAGUUCCUUCAAACGGACACCAUCUCACUCUUGCGGACGUUAAAGACAACAUCAUUACUGGAACCGAUGUCCAUAUCGCCCCCACGGAAAUCGUUGCGCUCGAAAAUACAUUAAAUGGCACAAUUUUCCCUCAGGAUGAGGUCGUCGCCAUCUCUCGGUAUGCCCGCUCUCUUGGAAUUAAAAUGCACCUUGACGGUGCUCGAAUUUGGCACGUCGCCGCGGAAACUGGGACAUCUAUCAAGGAGUUGUGCGACCCAUUUGAUUCGGUUAGCUUGUGCUUCAGCAAAGGACUAGGUGAUUGCCGCCUAUGCCUUUAUUAUCAAUUUCUUCUCAACUUUUUUCAAGGUGCACCUGUUGGGUCAUGUCUCGUUGGCCCUAAGGAUUUUAUCGCAAAAGCGCGGUGGUUUCGAAAGCUCUUUGGUGGAGGCAUGCGUCAAAUAGGCAUUCUCUCGGGGUGCGCUGCGUAUGCAUUGACGAAGAAUUUCCCCCAAUUACCCAGGGUACAUGCCCUGGCAAGGAAGGCAGAAGCUGGUCUCGAAGAAAUAGGCGCGUCCAUCCUCAGCAAAGCUGAGACGUGUAUGAUUUUCUACGAUCCCUCCCCACUUGGCGUCACAUACGAUGAAAUUGCACAAAGGGGCCGUGCUCUUCCAGAGCCACUCUUCCUGGGAGGUUCACGGCUUGUUAUUCACAUUCAGACGGAGGACGCAGCCGUGGACGAUUUCUUGGGCAUUGUACGCCAACUUGCAAAGGAAAAACGCCUAGCUGGAUUUACCAAACCCGAAGGACAAUCCAAGGGUGAUAUUGAGGAUGUAUAUGUCAGGCGGAUAGUUUAA